AUGGAUACAGAAGAUCAGCUAAACAUGACUCUAGUAGAAGAUUCUCGACUUGAAGGAAAAUCUUUCAACUGCUGCUCAAUAGUUUCCUCAGAUGACGACAGCCUUUUGAAGCUGGAUGACAGCACAAAGCUGGUUGGCGUUCAGGUUAUUCUCAUCCUUGCGUACAGCACAAUCAUCUUGUUUGGAGUCACUGGAAACUCCUUGGUGAUAUACGUUGUCUACAAGUUUAAAAAUCUACGAACUGUGACUAACUUCUUUAUUGUUAACUUAGCUGUAGCUGACUUGCUAGUUAACACACUGUGUUUGCCUUUCACCCUUGUCUACACACUCUAUGAUGGGUGGAUGUUUGGUCAGAUUUUAUGUUUUAUGCUGCCUUUUGCUCAAGGCAUGGCCGUGCACGUCUCUACAAUCACCUUGAAUAUCAUUGCUCUGGACCGGCACAGGAGCAUUGUCCAUCACAUGGAGACCAAGAUGUCCAAAGACAUGUGUACCGCAGUUAUUGUCAUCUCGUGGGCCAUCAGCGCCUUGCUGGCUAGUCCACUCGCCAUUUUCAGGGAGUAUGGAUCCUUUGAUCUUUCAUCGGAUGAGUCUAUUCAGGUGUGCACAGAGAAGUGGCCAGGAAGCAGCAUGAAUGGGAGGAUCUAUAGUUGGUCAAUGCUUCUGGUUCAGGUUGGUGUACCUUUAGCCAUCAAUUCUGUUGCCUACAUCCGCAUCUGGAACAAACUGAAGAGCCACAUGACUCUCGGCCGAAAUGACCAUCAGCGCCGGAAGAAGACGACCAAGAUGAUGCUGACCAUGGUGGUGGUCUUUGCUAUCAGCUGGUUGCCUUUCCAUGCAUUUCAGUUGGCAAUUGACAUUGACAGCACAGUCCUGCAUAUGAAGGACUUCAAGCUGCUUUUCACAGUGUUCCAUAUCAUUGCUAUGUGCUCGACUUGUGUCAAUCCCAUCCUGUAUGGGUGGAUGAACAACAACUACAGGACUGCCUUCAUGUCUGUGUGCAAGUGUCGUGUUCCUUUAAGUUCAAAAUACACCAAAAGCAGAAAGGCACAACAAGAUGAUGACAGGGUUUGUACUGACUUUAGAUCAACAAAUGUCUAA